UAUAUAUAUACGCCCGAAGAACCCGACUGCGAUCGAUCUUCGUGCCGAGUCGUUUCGGUCUUUUAAUCGCACUGCAGUCAGAACCUGCUGCUCAUUCGCCUGCCGUCACUCGUAGCGUGCGGUUCUAUCGCUCCGCCUUUGAAAACCGAAUACCCAAGCCAAGAGAACUCGACAUUAUUUACGUGCUGCGCGAAAGUGAAACCAAGUGAUCUUGAAAAAUAAAACUGAACUGAAAUCUACAAAUCAGCGAAAGAAAAAAGCAGUGAACUCAAAGCAUAGAGAGCGGCAAAUUCAUAUUUGCUGCCCAAGUGAAACCCAAACUGUGUCUCAAACUCAACAAACAAUAUCUGACCGAAAUGGUUACCGGCGUUACCGCAGCCAACAUGACCAACGUUUUGGGUACCGCCGUGGUGCCGGCCCAGCUCAAGGAGACCCCGCUGAAAAGUGACCGUCGGUCGAACAAACCCAUCAUGGAGAAACGCCGACGCGCCCGUAUUAACAACUGUCUCAACGAACUGAAGACUCUGAUUCUGGAUGCCACAAAAAAAGACCCGGCUCGCCACUCCAAAUUGGAAAAGGCCGACAUUCUGGAGAAGACAGUGAAGCAUCUGCAGGAGCUGCAGCGCCAGCAGGCAGCCAUGCAGCAGGCCGCCGAUCCCAAGAUUGUGAACAAGUUCAAGGCCGGCUUUGCCGACUGUGUGAACGAGGUCAGCCGCUUCCCGGGCAUCGAGCCCGCCCAGCGUCGCCGCUUGCUGCAGCACCUGAGCAACUGCAUCAAUGGCGUGAAGACGGAGCUGCAUCAGCAGCAGCGCCAGCAGCAGCAGCAGCAGCAGUCUAUCCACGCCCAGAUGUUGCCCUCGCCGCCCAGUUCGCCGGAGCAGGACAGCCAGCAGCCGACGGCGGCGGCGGCUCCCUACCUCUUCGGCCAGAUCCAGCAGACGGCCAGCGGCUACUUCCUGCCCAACGGCAUGCAGGUGAUCCCCACCAAGCUGCCCAACGGCAGCAUUGCCCUCGUCUUGCCCCAGAGCCUGCCGCAGCAGCAGCAGCAGCAGUUGCUGCAGCACCAGCAACAGCAGCAGCAGCAACAGCAGCAGCAGCAACUGGCCGUCGCAGCAGCAGCAGCGGCAGCAGUGGCCGCCCAGCAUCAGCAGCCCAUGCUGGUGGCCAUGCCCCAGCGGACAGCCAGCACCGGAUCCGCCAGCUCGCACUCCUCCGCCGGAUACGAGUCGGCGCCCGGUAGCAGCAGCAGCAGCAGGUGCAGCUAUGCGCCACCCAGUCCGGCCAACUCCAGCUACGAGCCGAUGGAUAUCAAGCCGUCGGUGAUCCAGCGCGUGCCCAUGGACCAGCAGCCCCUGUCGCUGGUGAUCAAGAAGCAGAUCAAGGAGGAGGAGCAGCCCUGGCGGCCAUGGUAGAGGGUCCCUAGCCUCUGGAUAGGCCCCCUAUCGAAUCUCCCGCUUUUAAGACUGAUCCCCCAUCCCCCAUCCCCUAUCCCCCACCCACUUAUCAUCCACAUACUCACAUGCGCAGGCGUUGUGCGCAUGCGCGUAGACAUUUCACAUCAUUCGCCGGGAUAACGCAAAUGUUGCUUCGAAGUGCCGCACACAUGCGAAUCCUUAGACGGUCCACAGCCUCGUCGUCCCUCAUUUCUCGGCUCAGAUCCUGGAAAUCCAGCGGCGAGGUCAGGACUUCCAUUAGACGCAUAAACACACUCACACACUUUGUUAUAUAUUAUUUAUUAUUAUUAUGUAAUCGAUUUGAGAACGGUAUUCUACCAGGACAUCGCCAAACUACCUCAGUCCAAGUACUUGGUGUUGAAUUGCCUCAUAUAUCAUGUAUUACUCUCUUUGAAUAACAGCAAAUCAGCAAAAGUCUUCCAUACACUCACAAAGCAAAACAAAACAGAACAACACAAAUCAAAUGAAAAAAAAAAACACUUGAAAAGCUGAAAUACUUUUUAUGAAAAAGAUAAACGCAAAUGCAUAACUCUUAGAUAUAUACGUACAUCUCCAUUUAAAUAUAGGUUUUGUACUAGGUUUUCUCUCGCUCUUAAGUCGAAUCAAAGAAUAAUUAUAUUUAUAAAGCAAAACACAAAAAACUAUUCGUAAGGCCACGUGAUAUAGUGAACAUAAUGAGCUUCUAAGAAAACAAAACAAGAAUUUGAUGCCGACAAAGCAAAAAAAUCAACAAGAAAAGAAAAACAAACAAACAACAUACUAAAAGGAAAUAAAAUUAAAAGAUUCUACUAAAAAAUCAAA